GGUGCAAAACAUAACCUUCAUUUUACUACAUGUAUCUUAUGUACCAUUACAAAACUUCCUCGAAUUACAAUUAAAGAUUAGUUAAUAAUAAUGAAUUUUAUAAGCAAAUUAUUAACAGUAUCUCAGACAGCUAGAAGUGUAGUAAUAAUUAACUACAGAAAUUAUCCUCGUUGGACCAGUAGAAAUCCUCUAAAAGUAGUUUCAUCUGAAGAAUUAGAUGAAGAUCAUGAAAACAAACAAUCAACAUCUAAACAAGUAGAAAAACCAAUAGAAGAAGCAAUGAAAAUCAAAUGGAGAUUUCAAGCUGAGGCUGCAGCAAAAUCACAAGAACAAGACGUGGAAGUUAUUGAAAGGGAGGUCAAAAUUAAAGAAAAAAAGCAAAAGGUAACUCCAAAACAAAAGGUGAACACAACUGAUAUGAUGGAAACAACAUUCAAUGACAAGGGACAACUAAUCUACACCAAGAUGAAAAACAACGAUCCACGUGUCGGUCAACUUCUAACAACAGUAAAAACGAAAAAGUCAAUGACUAAGAGGAAUUUAGUAUUACUAGAAGGCAAAAGACUGAUCAGAGAUGCCUUGAUAUCUGGAUGCACAUUAAAAUAUUUGCUUUUCACGCGCAAAGUAGAAGUCGAAUACCUAAAACCUAAUUUGCCGAAAUGCGGAGCACAGAUGUACAAAAUGCCCUACAAAGAGAUGCAAAUGUGGUCAGAUCUAACCACUACACCCGGUAUAAUGGGCCUGUUCCGCACGCCAAGUCCCGAAAAUUACAUCUCAACAGAUCCGCUCCCAAUUACGAUUUUCUGCGAUAAUAUACGAGAACCCGGUAAUCUCGGUGCGAUUAUGCGCGUCGCAGCUUCCGCCGGAUGUCAAAAAGUAUUGCUCAGUUUAGGAUGCGUAAAUAUAUGGGACUCUAAAGUUAUUAGAAGUUCGGCUGGGUCUCACUUUCGUGCUCAAAUCGUAACUAAGAAAACUAUUGAAGAUCUACGACAAGAACUAACCGCAGGGAAUAAAAUACUAUAUAUAGCUGAUAACCAUAUGAUAAACACUGAAGAUUCGAAACAAGAAAAUGAAGAUUUGGAAAAGUUAAUCAAUGCUAUUCCAAUUAUUCCGUAUUACAGCGUUAAUGUAAAAGAGGCGAAUAAAGAAGGCAAAGAGAUCGUGUUGGUUAUCGGCGGCGAAACACACGGAAUCCAGGCGGAUGUUUACAAAUUAGCGCAGGAGUUUCACGGAGUUCGGCUUAAUAUACCAAUGAGCAAUGGCGUCGAAAGUUUGAACACUGGUACUGCUCUAGGCAUCAUUACAUUUGAAUUUUAUAGACAGUUUAAAACAACGAGUAGUUUGAAUUGAAUUGUACGUUAAAAUAUAUGAAUUAAUAUUGAA